GGCCGGGGCGGCCGGAGGCGGAAGCGCCGGGGGCACCGCCGCCUGCUGUCCCAACCCGCCUCUCCUGGGCUCCGAACCGACCUCGACCCACCGCGCCCCGGGCUGCGGGCCACGGUCCCGGUCGGGACCCUCUGGACACCGGAGCCCGAGCCCCGAGCGAGCAUUCAAAGGCGUCCGGGGAGCUGUACCCCGGCCCGGGCCCCGGGUUCUGCCAAGCCGGCCGGAGCUCCGGAGAAGACGCUGCAGACAGGCUCCUGAGUUCCGUGCCAUGAGGGCUCUCUGGGCCGUCUCCCUGGCCGUGGCUGCAGGCCUGGCCUCCGCCAGGCCCCCUAACAUUGUGCUGAUCUUUGCUGAUGACCUCGGCUAUGGGGACCUGGGCUCCUACGGGCACCCUAGCUCUACCACCCCCAACCUGGACCAGAUGGCUGCCGGAGGGCUGCGGUUCACAGAUUUCUACGUCCCCGCGUCUCUGUGCACACCGUCCCGGGCUGCCCUCCUGACCGGCCGGCUACCUGUUCGUUUGGGCAUGUACCCAGGCGUCCUGGGGCCCAGCUCCCAAGGCGGCCUGCCCCUCGAGGAGGUGACCCUGGCCGAGGUCUUGGCUGCCCAAGGCUACCUUACAGGGAUGGCCGGCAAGUGGCACCUUGGAGUGGGGCCAGACGGGGCCUUUCUGCCCCCUCAUCAGGGUUUCCACCGCUUCCUGGGCAUUCCAUAUUCCCACGACCAGGGUCCCUGUCAGAACCUGACCUGCUUCCCACCAGACACCCCGUGCCACGGCAGCUGUGACCAGGACCUAGUGGCCAUCCCCCUGCUGGCCAACCUGUCUGUGGAGGCGCAGCCCCCCUGGCUGCCAGGGCUAGAGGCCCGCUAUGUGGCUUUCUCCCGAGACCUGAUGUCUGAUGCCCAGCACCAGGGCCGCCCAUUCUUCCUGUACUACGCCUCCCACCACACCCACUACCCUCAGUUCAGUGGGCGCAGCUUCACGGGCCACUCGGGCCGAGGGCCAUUUGGAGACGCCUUGAUGGAGCUGGAUGCAGCUGUGGGGGCCCUGAUGACAGUCAUAGGGGACUUGGGGCUACUUGGAGAGACGCUGGUCAUCUUUACCGCAGACAAUGGGCCUGAGACAAUGCGCAUGUCCCGUGGCGGCUGCUCUGGCCUUCUGAAAUGUGGAAAGGGAACGACCUUCGAGGGUGGUGUCCGAGAGCCCGCCUUGGCCUUCUGGCCUGGCCAUAUUACUCCUGGUGUGACCCAUGAGCUGGCCAGCUCCCUGGACCUGCUGCCCACUGUGGCAGCCUUGACUGGAGCUUCGCUGCCCAAUGUUACCUUAGAUGGUGUUGACCUCAGCCCUCUGCUGCUUGGCACAGGCAAGAGUCCUCGGCACUCUCUCUUCUUCUAUCCGGCCUACCCAGAUGAGGUGCGUGGUGUCUUUGCUAUCCGGAGCGGGAAAUACAAGGCUCACUUCUUCACCCAGGGCUCUGCCCACAGCGACACUACCCCGGACCCUGCCUGCCACGCCACUAACCCUGUGACUGCUCAUGAGCCCCCCCUGCUCUAUGACUUGUCUGAGGACCCUGGUGAGAACUACAACCUCCUGGAUGGUACAACUGAGGUUUCCACAGAGGCUCUGAUGGCAAUGAAGGACCUCCAGCUGCUCAAGGCCCAGUAUGAUGCAGCCAUGACCUUUGGCCCCAGCCAGAUGGCCCGGGGUGAGGACCCAGCCCUGCAGAUUUGCUGCAAGCCGGGCUGCCACCCCCAUCCAGCCUGCUGCCACUGCCCAAAUCACCGACCCUGAGGGCAGCUGGCCAAGUCAUUGGAGAUUGCCCCCAAAGGCCAGUCCAGGGCCUCUGGCCCCAUCUUGGGUGUGUGAUAAUUCACCAAUAUGAGGGGACAGGGGCAAGGGUGUGCAGAUAGUUUGUAUCUAAUAAUGUAAUAACAGCAGCUGAGACUUGCAGGUGUGCUAAUUCAUCUAAUCUUGGAAACUGUAUGGUCAGUACUAUUCCCCACUGUUACAAACAAGGAAGCGGAAGCACAGGAAAGUUCAAGGCCCUGUCCAAGGUCAUCCCACCAGAAAAGCUGUGCUGAGAUUUGGCAGUACAAAGGUCUGAACUCGGGCCCUUGAACUUGCGGAGAAGGCCUUCUACUACUUGAGCCAUGCCCCAAGCUGGGCUUAGACUUGAACCCAGGCAUUCUGGCUCCAGAAGUUGCCCUUACCCUGGUGACUGAUGUGUGCACAUUCAGUCAAAGGAACGAGAAGUACCUUUAGAUGCUAGGAACCAGGAAGCUGGUGAGGGCAACUCAGUCCCCCAGGAGCUAGUCUCCCUGAUGGAAGCAUUCAAAGGCUCUGGAGCUGCUCCCUUUGUUCUUCAUCAGAGAUCUAUGUGGAGUCAGGUGGUGGUGAUCUGCAUAUUCCAGGUAGGGUGAAGGGGUUCGGGCCCUGCUGUCUCCUGGAAAGGCCUGUCAGCGACUCCUGGAUAGCGAGUCCCAUGGAACCUCUUCACACCUACUUAACACCACACCUGUGGUCCUGUACUAGACGUUUUCUUCCAGACACAUGAUCUCUUUAAAACAUCUUAGAAUAAAAUCGAAGCUCCUUUGCCUUGCCCCACAGCACUCUGUCUUUCAGGAUGAUCUGACUUCCCUCCACACGCAGUGUUCUGCCACCUCGGCAGAAAAGAACCUUCUGCCUUCUGUAUUUGCUGGGACAUAGCAUGCUGACACCUGUCACAUGCUCCUCAGUGUGUUAGCUAGGUGUAUUGAUAACUCUGCUUAGAAAACUUGCCUUCUUUGCUAAUGUGUCCCCACUUCAUUGCCUCCUUGAUAUCAAGGAGGUAACCUCUCCCUGGCCCAGGAGGAUCAGGCUAGUCACAACACAGUAAUUGCUCUGGGCAUGGCAUGUGAAAAUGACUCGGUAGUUAAAGUUCAGGUUGGUCCUCCAUUGAGAACUUGGCUGCAACAGAAUGUUGACCCUGGGAGGACACCUGCAGCUUCUAAAACCAGUGUCUCCCGCCGACCUGAUUACAAGGUACCAGGUCUAAGACAGUAAACCCGCCUGAGUACGCCACUGUUGGUGAGCUUGACAGCCAUUUGCAGCUAAAGUGGUGUUGCAGAAAGGAAACCUAAAUGGGGUAGGUAGGAAGCAGUUGUGCAUGAGUGACCUCACGUUACUCAUGUAACUCUCCUGUCACUUUCAAUCUGGUUGAGAAGCUGUGCUGACUACACCCCAAGUUCUAAGUCUUGGCUGCCCCAAGACAGUUUCCUUGGGCACCUUCAGGAGACACUGAUGGGGCCGAAAGAAUUAUUAAUUAUUAAUGCAGGGACUGGCCCCAGCUGGUGCCUCAGUUCGGGUGAGGACAGAACAGGGUGAAGCAAUUUGAUCAUAUGCUAUACUGACAAAACCAGUGAGUACCAGGCACAACCUGUAGGCGGCUUUUUCUGGUUCCUCACUGGCAUAGAGUACUGCAGUGCAGAUCCUGCCGUGUUCAUCUGCUAUUCUGCAGUGCCAGGGCAAGGAGUCCUUAGAAGAAACCCAUCCUACUCUGUUCCUGCAGUGCUUAAGGUCUAGUAAAGGAGAUGAGCUUAACCCCAGGAAAUCAGACACAUGGAAUUUCAGUACGGUGUAAGGGACAUGAGGGAGCCUGGGGAUGCUACAAGUAUUCUGUAUAUUGGAGGUGGUAACCUGGAAUAAAAGAAGCUAUUCACUACUUAGAAUUUG